AUGUCAAAAGGCUGCCCAGCGCUUCAGCAAGGCGAUUCAGCGCUCACAGAAGAAGAACCUUCACAGAAGGAGCAGAAGCAGCUCAUCACCCCAAGCACCGUGUACUUGAACGGGGAGUUUGUGCCGUCCGACCAGGCCAAGGUGUCUGUGUUUGACCGCGGCUUCCUAUUUGGAGACGCCAUCUAUGAGGUCGUGUCUGUGAUCCACGGUGGCAUCUUCGACGAAGUCCCACACAUGGAGCGGCUGGAGCGCUCCCUGGCCAAGGUUGGCAUGCCAAUGCCCAUGUCACAGGAGCAGUUUGUUCACACCAUCCUCGAGGUCGUCGACCGCAACGAGCUGGAUGAGGGCGUUGUGUACAUGCAGAUCACCCGCGGGGCUGGGGACCGCACCUUCACCUACAACAGCCUUGUCGACGCCGGCAUGACGCAGAACAUUGUCAUGUUCGCGCAGCAUCUGAACCUCCUCAACGCCCCCGCCAUCGAGUCGGGCCUCAGCAUCAAGACGGUACCAGACAUCCGCUGGCGCCGCUGCGACAUCAAGACCGUGCAGUUGCUCGGCGCCUCGCUCUCAAAGACAGCAGCUGCGCGCGAGGGCUACAACGGCAUCUGGUUUGUGGACCCAGACACGCACAUGAUCACGGAGGGCGACUCCAACAACACCUUCAUCGUGCAGGGCAACACCGUCAUCUCCCCAGGCCUGCACCGCAACGUGCUUCCCGGCAUCACCCGCAACGUCGUCAAGGAGAUUGUCGAGGCUGCGGAGGGCCUUGAGUUUGAGGAGGCAGACUUUGGCGUUGAUGCCGCGCUGGCUGCCGAUGAAGCCUUUGCCACCUCCGCGGGCCUCUUUGUGACCGGCGUCACGUCCCUGGAUGGCCGUCCCAUCAGCGGUAGCAAGGUUGGCCCCAUCACCAAGCGCCUGCGCAAGCUCUACAUUGAGCGCGCCCUGGAGCACCUCACCAUCUCCGACAACUAA